AAGUCGCUGAUUUCAAAUCGGAUCCCGUUCCGCCGUCCCUGUCUUCAGCGUAUUUUAGUUUAGGCACAGAACUGAUCCCGGAUCGGUCGCGUCACGGCGUCGUGUUAGCUUCCUGUGUGCUGCGGCUCAGUCGGCUUUCAUUUGCCAGCUGGCGCACCAGACGAGCUGGUCCGAGGUAGCAGGCGGUCCCUUCGCAGCUCACCUGUCAGCUGGAGGCCGGCCGGAGUGAACAUGAAAUAUAUGUAAAGUAGCUGGUCUGAAAGCGGGGGUCCCUGUCAUUUCCUUGCGCCGACCACGGCGGCUGCGUUUAGCGCAGUUGGUCGGAAAGCGGCCGCGGACGGAGCACCAUGUCUGCCUCCGCCACCGGCGAACCGGCGGCGAAGAAGAAACAAGUCCGCUUCGCCCGGGUCGGGGAGGACGAAGACAAUGAAGACCAGGAUGAGGACACGCUCUUCGAUAAGAGGAAGGACGCCCGGGGCGGGCUGAAGGGCGUGAUGAAGCGGGUCCGCAGGCUGGACGGAGCCGGAGCCCACAGGGUGGCCGUGCUGGGGCCGGACGGCAGCGCCCACGGGACCUGCAGUCAGUGGAUGGUUACGGUUGCUCUCUGCGCCUCCUUUCUUGGCCUGGGAAUGAGCAUCUCAGUGCUGGGCCCCACGUUCGGAGACCUGGCCACUAACGUCAGACAGAGCAUCAGCAACAUCUCCUACAUCUUUGUGGGGCGCUCUGCGGGCUACAUGGGGGGCUCGGUGGUGGCUGGGUUCCUCUUUGACAUCAUGAACCAUCAUCUGCUUCUCGGCUUGUCUAUGCUGCUCACAGCUGUUGGCAUGAUUGGAGUUCCCUUCUGUAAAAGCGCCAUUCUGCUCACACUCCUCAUUUCCUGUGUUGGAGUUUCGAUGGGGUUUCUAGAUACAGGUGGCAAUGUCCUCAUCCUGAAGACGUGGGGGGACCGGGCCGGACCGUACAUGCAGGCCCUGCACUUCAGCUUCGCCGUUGGGGCCUUCAUUUCACCCAUCAUCUCCAAGUUGCUGUUCGGGAGCACCGAUCACUUGGAGAACAGCAAAGUCUUCGGCUCGACUACUGAGUCUUCCCCAAGCACUACGGAAGGAUCCGUGCCUCCUCUGAAAGACCCGACGAGCAAACUGAUCAAAUCCACCCUUCAUCUGGCCCAUGCGCCUAUCUCCAAGUCCAUGUGGGCCUACAUUGUGAUUGGGGUCUUUUUGCUGCUGGUCUCCCUCCUCUUCUUUGUCCUCUAUUCCCGGAGCAGCCCAGCUCAGGACAUGGCCAAGAUCUCCCCGGGGAAACCGCGGAUGGCCAAGUACCACAAUGCCCUCAUUCUUCUGCUCUUCUUCUUCUUCUUUUGGUAUGUAGGAGCAGAGGUAGCCUACGGCUCCUUCAUCUUCACUUAUGCCAAGGACGUGACUCAUAUGGCCCAGUCUCGGGCUGCUGGACUUAACUCCCUCUUCUGGGGCACCUUUGCUGCCACCCGGGGCCUGGCUAUCUUCCUAGCAGCCUGUAUGAAGCCGGGCACCAUGAUCCUGCUGAGCCUGGUGGGCUGCACGCUGUCCUCCCUGCUGAUGGUGCUCUUCAGCCGCAACAGGAUGGUGCUUUGGUCCUGCACUGCCCUCUAUGGCGCCUCCAUGGCCACCACUUUCCCUAGCGGCAUCUCCUGGUUGGAGCAGUACACCACAGUGACGGGCCGCUCUGCGGCAGUGUUCGUGGUGGGGGCGGCACUGGGAGAGAUGGUGCUGCCUGCUGUCGUGGGAUUACUCCUGGGGAUUGUGCAGGAGCUCCCAGUGCUGAUGUACCUGUCCCUGGGCACGGCCACCAUCACCUCCAUCCUCUUCCCCGUCAUGUACAAGCUGGCCACCUCGCCUGGUGGAACAACCUGGAGGCCACGCGACAAGCCUGGGGCCGAUGACAGUGAGCACUACCAAGCCCUUCUGGACACCGGCGCCAAUGAGGAGGAGGAGGAGGAAGAAGAUGAGGCCGACCAGUGGAACGACACCGACUUUGAAGUCAUCCAGAUGGACGACGCCAGUCUCAGCUCGCCGGACAGAACGACGUCUUCGGCGGCCGCUAUGGAUGCCGCAGAAGCCCCUGAGGAUUCCCCGGUGACCCCGACGACAACCGACCUUACGCCCGAGCCAGCCGAUCCCCUGGAGCUCACCAACUCCCCAGUCACUCUCCUUGGAGACUCUCCCAGGGGGUAACCUCUCAUUACCCUGGACAGAGAAAAGAGAGACUAAAGACGCUGUUGCUGGGAGGUUGACGAGCUCGUGAGAAAAUCAUCGGAGGACAUUCUGCUGCCCGUCUCCCGUUCGCAUGCCCCCAGAUGUCAGGUCCUGCCCCCUGAAACGAGCUCAAGCUCACAGACAGCGGCAGCUGCUGGGUUGGUGAUGCUUCAGUGUGGGGAAAAGUUACUCGCAGCUUUGAGGAAGCUGUGUUGAAUGUACCCUGUAUUUCUUGAGUAUGUUCUGUUACGUGUCCUGGUUAUGCUUAGACUACGAACCACAGUUGCUUUACAGCUGUUUCUCUCAGAGCAAUGUAGGUAAUUGACUUUUUCUUUUACAGACUUAUUGUGUUUGUUAUGAAAUGAUAUAUAUUAUAUUUUAUGCGGUAGGCCCUACUUAAUGGGCAAGUAUGAUGCACAACAUUCAAGGUACGGUCUGUAUAUUAGCAAAAAAAAACAAUUUUGGACUUAAAUGUAGGGUAUAACCAUAGUGCAAUUAAAUGGUAAAGCCAUUAUACUAAGUAUAAUCGUUUAAUAUAUAUUUUGGUAUAGGUUUUUUAAAAAAGUAGACCCCUGUAUCCCAAUCCAGUCCAUGUUUUUGCUUUCUCUUAGCUCCCGGCGGCCUCUAACAGGUAUUCGGUGUUCCUGAUUGGCUGGGAGCUGGGAGGGAGCAAAAACGUGGACUGGCCCACGGACUGGAUUGGGAAACACAGAAGUGGGGAAUGCCAUGAAAUCAGAAAUCAUUGUCAAAUGCUCAUGCAAAUAAUUUGCUUCGUGCUGCUCUUUACAGCAUCACCCUGAGUUCCAUCCGUUUUCUGUAACUGCUUGUCCUCUUCAGGCUUUCGGGGGGGGACUGGAGCCUAGGGAAGCACUGGGUACUCGUACACCUAGAGGCAAUUUGGAAACGUUAGCAUGUUCUUGCACCAUGGCGGGGGGGGGGUUAGGGAGACUGGAUUGUGCACCUGCAUGCACACACAUACAUACCUUGGUAACCACAGGGUGUCCUUGGACCAUGGGGGGAGUGGUAGCACCGGAGGAACAGGCACAGACUUGGAAUCCUGGUGCAGAUUCGAACCCGGGUCUCAGAGGUGUGAGGCGACUGUGCUAACCACUACACCAUCCUGCAGCCAUGUCCUGUUGGGUUUGAAUGUCAUUUUGUCUUUUUAAAUGGUCAGAGAUAUUUAAAAAAAGAUAGAUGCAGACCAUGGGGGGAGCACUGGCAGAGAUUUGAACCCGGGUCUCAGAGGUGUGAGGCGACUGUGCUAACCACUACACCAUCCUGCAGUCAUGGCUUGUUAGGUUUGAACGUACUUUUGUCUUUUUACAUGGUCAGCGAUAUUUAAAAAAAGGAUAUAUGCCCCUUGGGGGGAACACUGACAGAGAUUCGAACCCAGGUUUCAGAGGUGUGAGGCAACUGUGCUAACCACUACACUAUCCUGCUGCCACAUCAUUCUAGGUUUAAAUGUAAUUUUGUCUUUUUAAAUGGUCAGUUAAAGAUAUAUAUGGACCAUGGGGAGAGUGAAACCAGAGAAACAGGCACAGACAUAGAACCCUGGCGGAGAUUCGAACCCAGGUCUCAGCGGUGCGAGGCGACUGUGCUAACCACUACACCAUGGGGUAGCAUAAAUGUGUUCGAGCAUAAAUUUGUCUUUUUAAAUGGUCAGACAAAGAUACACAUGGACCGUGGGGGGAGAAGCGGCACCAGAAGAACAGGCACAGACAUGGAACUCUGGCGGAGAUUCGAACCCGGGUCUCUGCUAACCACGACACCAUGGGGUAGCAUAAAUGUGUCUGAGCGCAAAUUUGUCUUUUUAAAUGGUCAAAGAUACGAUUCCUCGAAUGUGAGCAAAAAUGUGUUGUCUUUAAUAUUCUGGGUUAUCUGUGAGCAAGUUGUGCAAGACAUCACAAGUGGCAAAUUUUUUAUAAACGUACACUUUUAUUUUGUAUAGAUUGAUAUUUAAGUGUACAAUGUAUUCCAAUGUGUGUUAUUAAUAAAGUAUAAAUUAAGAAGGA